GGGUUCGGCCGGUACCGCCCCGCUCCUCCCCCUCCUCCCCCAGGAGCCAGCCCAUCCCGCUCGGUUCUCCGUCCAAAGCUCUCCGCCUGAGGGUUCGGUUCGUGUCUGUUCCAGGCUGAAGGACCACCCCGUUCCGGACCGGCGCCCUUCCGUCUCAAAGUUCUGGACCUGGUUCUGGGAGAGUUCGUGUCCGUGGGUCCAGAAUGGGUUGGUCUGUCCCGCUUCUGCUGUCAGUCAUGUGCGCGCGCCUCGCGGCGGGAGUCCCGGACGGAGAGGACGUCCAAGUGAUCGACGUGCUGAGUCUGCAGGAUGCAAAGCAGAGCGCCGUGGCGGUGAAGAAGCUGUCGGACGGACUGAGCGCGCUCAGCGACGUGUACGUGGUGUCGACGCUCCGGCUGCCGCUGAAGCUGAGCGGCGUCCUGAUGGGUCUCUACAGCCGGCAGGACAGCAGGAAGUUCCUGGAGGUCGCCGUCAUGGGGAAGAUCAAUAAAGUCGUGGUCCGUUACGCGAAGGCUGACGGUAAAAUCCAGACGGCCAACCUGCAGAACGCCAACCUGGCCGACGGGCGGGCUCACUCCCUCAUCCUGCGGUUGGGCGGCCUUCAGCGCAGCAGCGUUCAGCUGGAGCUGUACGUGGACUGCCGGUUGGUGGACUCCAGCCAGGGCCUGCCGCCGCUGCCGCCGCUGCCCAGGGAGGCGGAGACGGUGGAGGUCCGCCACGGACAGAAGUCGUACUCCCGCCUUCAGGGGUCCUUGGAGUCCCUCCAGCUGGCUCUAGGGGGCAGCGUUGUAAAAGCUGGAGCUCUCACCGACUGUCCGUUUCAGGACGCCUCAGGAUACAACUCAGCGAGGGGGGAGGUCAGCUCCAUCCUGGGUGAUCACACCAAGGCUCUGAUUGGUCAGCUCAUCAUCUUCAACCAGAUCCUGGGGGAACUGCGGCAGGACAUCAGGGAGCAGGUGAAGGAGAUGUCGCUGAUCCGGAACACCAUCCUGGAGUGUCAGGUUUGUGGUGAGUCUGCCGCUCGGUUCUGGACGUUUCCUGGUAUCUGGAACCCGAACCUGACCUGUUUGUCUGUAGGCUUCCACGAGCCCCGCCCCCGCUGCUCCCCCAACCCCUGCUUUAAGGGCGUGGCCUGCAUGGACAGCCCGCAGUACCCCGGCUACGUCUGUGGACCCUGCCCGCCCGGAACCACCGGCAACGGGACGCACUGCAGCGACAUCGACGAGUGUGAGCUGCAGCCCUGCUUCUCCCCCGAAGCCUGCGUCAACACCAUGGGGGGGUUCAGCUGUCGCCCCUGCCCUCCUGGGCUGUGGGGCCCCCCGCUGGCUGGGACGGGACAGGACUACGCCAAAGCGCACAAACAGGAGUGUGUGGACAUCGACGAGUGUGUGGACCUUCCUGACGCCUGUGUGUUGAACUCUGUCUGCAUCAACAGCGUGGGCUCCUACAGUUGUGGAGGCUGUAAACCAGGUUUCUUUGGGAACCAGUCGUCGGGCUGCCUCCCGAAGCUGUCCUGCGCCGCCUUGGCCUUUGACCCCUGCGACGUCAACGCGCAGUGCACCAUGGAGAGGAACGGGGAGGUGUCCUGCAGGUGUAACGUGGGCUGGGCCGGGAACGGGCACACCUGCGGCGGGGACACGGACAUCGACGGCUAUCCGGACCGCUCCCUGCCCUGCAUGGAUAACGACAAACACUGCAAAAAGGACAACUGCGUCUUCACGCCGAACUCCGGUCAGGAGGACACUGACAACGAUGGCAUUGGUGACCAGUGUGACGAGGACGCAGACGAUGACGGCAUCAAGAACGUGGAGGACAACUGUCGCCUGGUCUCCAACAAAGACCAGCUGAACUCAGACAGCGACUCGUUCGGUGACGCGUGCGACAACUGCCCCACGGUCCCAAACAGCGACCAGACGGACACCGACAACAACGGACAGGGAGACGCCUGCGACCAGGACAUCGACGGAGACGGUAUUCCCAACGUUCUGGACAACUGUCCGAAGGUGCCAAACCCGUUACAGACGGACAGAGACAGAGACGCAGUGGGGGACGCCUGCGACAGCUGUCCUGAAAUCAGCAACCCCACACAGACGGAUGUAGACAACGACCUGGUGGGAGACCUCUGUGACACCAACCAGGACAAGGACGGAGACGGGCAUCAGGACAGCAGAGACAACUGUCCGGACAUCCCCAACAGCUCCCAGCUGGACUCUGACAACGACGGGCUCGGCGACGACUGCGACGAUGACGACGACAACGACAACGUCCACGACGACUACGACAACUGCAGACUCAUCCAGAACCCCAACCAGAAAGAUUCAGACGGAAACGGAGUCGGAGACGUUUGCGAGAACGACUUUGACAACGACGCCGUCAUGGAUAUGGUGGACGCGUGUCCCGAGAGCGCCGAGGUCACGCUCACCGACUUCAGGGCGUUUCAGACGGUGAUUCUGGACCCAGAGGGAGACACUCAGAUCGACCCCAACUGGGUGGUGCUCAACCAGGGCAUGGAGAUCAUCCAGACCAUGAACAGUGACCCCGGUUUAGCCAUCGGCUACACGGCGUUUAACGGCGUGGACUUUGAGGGCACCUUCCACGUCAACACAGUGACAGACGACGACUACGCCGGCUUCAUCUUCGGCUACCAGGACUCGUCCAGCUUCUACGUGGUGAUGUGGAAGCAGAUGGAGCAGGUGUACUGGCAGUCCGUCCCCUUCAAGGCGCAGGCGGAGGCCACGCUGCAGCUCAAGGCUGUGAAGUCUCAAACCGGCCCGGGGGGGUAUCUGAGGAACGCUCUGUGGCACACCGGAGACACGCCUGGAGAGGUGACGCUGCUCUGGAAGGACCCACGCCAGACGGGCUGGAAGGACAAAACCUCGUACCGCUGGCAGCUCAGCCACAGGCCGCAGGUGGGAUACAUCAGGGUGAAGCUGUUUGAGGGGAAGACCAUGGUGGCCGACUCCGGCGUGGUGGUCGACACCUCCAUGAGGGGGGGGCGGCUGGGAGUCUUCUGCUUCUCCCAGGAGAACAUCAUCUGGUCCAACCUGCGGUACCGCUGCAACGACACGGUUCCUGAGGACUUCAAGACCCACCGGCAGCAAUUUAUGACACAGAUCCAGGUCUGAGCUGCAGGGGGGCCGACCCGCAAACAUGGAGAUUCCCAUGACGACAGGAGCACCUGAACGCACCGUGACUGUUCACAUCCCAAAGAAGAAACACUGAAACCAGGAAAGUCCAGCAACAAGAAAAGUUCACGUCUUCAUGUUUGAACUUAAUUCCAAAGAACCAGGAGACCGCCCCAGGAGAGAGGGGGGGUCUUGAGCUUUCUCCUCACAGUUCGGUCAGAAAGUUUGUUUGAAGCUCAGAAACUUUAUGUGACGUUUAGGGACGUUUGUGUUUUCAUCCUCUCAUCCAGUCUGAAUAAAAGUCUGAUGGAAACAGAA